CGCCGUCAUUCAUAUUGAAUAUACGCCGUACGGGAUAUCGUGCGCGCGAGAACCGAGAACUCGACGGCCGACUGGCGGCAACGACAUUGGACGACGGCGGCCCGCCGUUCCACACCCGACGACCGAUCUGACUGAUUUUUGCGCUCCGGUCACCGAAAACUUCCAUCAUUCCGUCAAUAACCGUGUGCCGACCCGUAGGGUGGCGAUCGUCCGAUAAGGGUUCUAUCUGCGAUAGACUGGUCGACCAGUCUGUUCGUGGGUGCUUGAAUAACUGCGGCAACUGGAAGUUGGCCCUGAAUGCAGAGCCCCCGUGGCUUUGCUAGCACCCCCACAGUGAUCUGGUCUUAAUCCGCUUCCUCACGACCCACCCAAUUAGCAUUGACAGCUGCCUCUUUGCUGCCUAGCACCUACAGAGUAUUAAUUAAUUCAAUCAAACUCAAUCAACAUGAAGGUAACAAAUCUAGACGAACGCAUCCACGUUUUGGACAGUCAAUCCAACGUUAUGACCGUUAUCAAAAACAUCGCAAUGAGCGGUUUGCAAGAAGAAGCCUUUUACGUAUUGGAUAUAGGAGAUAUUGUACUGAAGCAUCAAAUCUGGAAAGAAAAAUUGCCACGAGUCGAACCCUAUUAUGCUGUGAAAUGUAACGACAAUUUGAUUGUAAUUGAAGUAUUAGCGGCCCUUGGCAUCAAUUUUGAUUGUGCAUCUAAGAAUGAGAUAAACAAAGUGUUAAGCCUUGGUGUAGACUCUUCAAGAAUUAUUUUUGCUAAUCCAGCCAAGCCAGCUUCACAUAUUCGUCAUGCUGCUGCAGUGAGGGUUGAAACCAUGACUGUAGAUAAUGAAAGCGAACUGCACAAGAUUAAGAAACUUUUUCCAUCGGCAAAGGUUGUUAUACGAAUUCGUUGCGACGCGGAAAUGGCUCAGUGUCCUCUCGGCAUGAAAUUUGGCUGUGAUCCAGUGCGCGAGGCUCCUAAUCUUUUACAUCUUGCAUAUAACUUGGGCCUUAACGUAGUGGGCUUCAGUUUUCAUGUUGGUUCCGGAUGUCAAGAUCCACCGGUGUUUUAUCGCGCUAUUCAUCAUUGUAAAAUGUUAUUUGACAUGGCCACCGAUCUCGGUUUCAAGCCGUACCUCUUGGACCUUGGUGGAGGUUAUCCGGGCGACAAAGGCACGAGUAUCGACAAAAUUGCCGAGGUUAUUAAUAAAGCUCUCGAUGAAUAUUUCAACACUGAUGCUGUUCACGUGAUUGCUGAACCGGGCCGCUUUUAUGUCGCAUCUGCAUUCACAUUGGCAACGAGUAUCCAUAGCAAGCGUUCUAUACGCGGCGAUUCCAACGCUGUUACGCACAAUAUGUAUUAUAUUAACGAUGGCGUUUAUGGAUCAUUUAAUUGUCUGCUCUACGAUCAUCAACAUGUAACUCCUAUUCCUCUAAAGAAUGGUUGUGGAAAGAUGAUUGCUUCGAGUGUAUGGGGUCCAACGUGUGACGGACUGGAUAGAAUCGUUGAAAAUAUUAUGUUACAUGAUAUGGAACUUGGCGAAUGGAUAAUUUUCGAAAACAUGGGGGCCUACACAUUGCCUGUUGCUUCACCAUUCAAUGGAUUUCCUAUCCCUAAGGUCCAUAUUGUUGCUGAUGAAGAUAUUUGGCUUUUAUUGAAAGAUGCUCUACCUUUGACCGAAGAUCACUUUGUUAUUGGCAAUACACCAGCUAAUUUGCGACUCGGACUAGACAUCGGUGGAAACGAUAUCGAUCCGUGGAGGGACGCUCAUCCGAUAGAAUUAGCCUCGUCUGAAAUAUUAACAGAUGAAAUAUUAACGGAUGAAAUAUUAACGGAUACUUCUAAUAGUCCGUCACAUUUUCUCUUUGAAUAUGUCCAAGCGCCUCUAAAUUAAUUUCAUCAUUUCACAAACGUUUGAGAAUAUCUAUGUGCAUUUCAAAGCGAACGAUCAUUCAAUCAUCAGGUAAAACAGUUUGUUUCUUAAUUUAGUGAAAAAAAGGCAAAUUUGCAAACAUUUACAUAUGCGGUACAAUUACGUAUAACUCUAAGACUCUAAAAUAUUACGUAUUUGUAAUUUCACAUAUAGAAAUGUUCUAAUUUUAAGAUAAUUUGGCUUACGAUUUACUUUUCUCUUUCAAACUUUAAAAUUACUUCUUUUAUUUGCUUUUAUUAAAGAUACAUUUAUUAUAAUUAAGAAUUACAAACUAAGUAGAUUACUAAAAAUUGCUUCUCUGACAUUACUAUUGAAAAUUAAUAUUUGUAUAUGUCAGAUAUUUCUCCUAUCGCUUAAUGCAUGUAAAUAUAAUAGAUAUUUACGUGUCUCCAUGUAUGUUGUACGUAUAACGGAGCGUGUUAUAGCUUUCGCAUAUGUUUUGACUUGUAAAAAAUCAAUAUUUCAGAAAAAAAUUGCUCAUGGAAAUCAACUUGCUCAUUGCUUUUUCUCUGCAAUUUUUCAACGCAUAGAGGAAAGCUAUAAUUCGUUCUAGCAUGAAUUAUACACCGAUGGAGGAAACAUGAUUUGAUAAUAGAAACAUUUGUCACGCUUUUUGUAUACGAUAAGAGAAUGAAGCGGCCAUACAUAGAGAGCAUCGAUUUUUAAAAUGCUAUGAUUUAAUUUUGUGUUUCGAAUAUUUAAGACAAGUGAAUCGUUUCUUAAAAAAAGCUUGGGCAUAUUAUUUGGGGCAAGAGUUAAUGUAUUAUUUUUUUUUUUUAAUUGAUAUUUUUAAACAAUUUUUUAUUUUAAAAGAAGAUUAGUAAGAAUUUUUAAAGAAUUGACUGUACUAUAUGAGGCAUACAAAUGCAGUCUCUGAAGUACUUGCAUCAAAUAAAUAUAAACUCUGUAGGAUUGCUAGGAACUUUACG